AUGUCAACUAGAGGCGAAAAAAUGGUUAAAAUGGUGCUAAACAAGCACCAAAAUGCUUGGAUACAAACUGAAAGUGAAUCUGAUAGUGAUCCAUUUGAAAACUUGUCUGAUGAAGAUCCUGAAUACAUUCCUAGUAAAGAUAGCGACAAUUCUGAUGGGGACGAAUCCAUGUAUUUGAACAAAGAAGUAUCCAGUGAUAUAGAAACUGAUAAUUAUGAAUCGGAAAAAGAAAUUGUAUCUACAAGAGGUGAACCGAACCCACGAGGUAUAACAAAACCACCAAAUGGAGCAAAAACACGAUUUGGACCAAAACCACGACGUGGACCAAAAACACGAGAUAGACCAAAAAUACAAAGGGGUUAUAGAUCGCAAGGAUCUAUUACGACCAACAGAACUGUUGAAGAAGCAGAAUAUAUUCCUGCAGUUGAGAACAAUAUGCAAGACAAUGAAGACAUUGACGAGGUAAAUCAAGAACAAAUGCUGGGUUAUGGACAUCUGCACGGUCAGCAAAUUUUGGAAGAAAACAAUAUGAUUGAAAUGAUAGUCGAGGACUCAAUUGGCUACAAUUUCCACAACAAUAUGCCAGUAGAUAUUGUUCUAGCAGAAAGAACAGAACAUAAUCAAAUAGUCAGUAACGAAGAAGAACACACAUGUUUGAGGUAUCUAGUAUGUGAAGUAUGUGCAAAUAUCAUUUACCUGAAAGAGAAAGCUAGAAUUUAUGAAUGCUCCAUUCAGAACUUAGAAGACCUAAGUAGUACAGAUACAACACAACAAUGGGGAAAAUUGAAAAAAGAGAAUAUGGUAUAUGAAAAACCAACUCCUAUAAAUGGUUUCUGCCACAUGGGGAAAACUUAUACUCAAGCCGCACUAGAAAGUCGUCUCGAUAGUAAUGCUGAGGGCAGUGUUUUAGACAUUCUACUUUCUGGUGCAGAAGGAUCAGAACUGCAAUUAAGUUUAUCAAACAGUGAAACUUCUAAUUUAGUAGAAGUAUCACAAACUAAUUUAUUACAAUUAGCUAUGUACCACGACAUUUUUAGUAACAAUAAGUUGUUACCUAUGUUUGACAAAAUUAUGAGUUGCACAAUAGAACUGAGUGAUAAUUUAGUGCACUUCUAUAAUAAAGAAAUAUUUGUUAAUCAUGAAAAUAGUAUAAAUUUAUGUAGGGCAACUAUUUCUCAGUCUGGUGAAGUGUGGCGGAAUGCUCGAAGAAUGAGGAUUACUGGAACUACAUGUUACAAUGUUUACACUUAUUGUAAAAAUAAAAACCCAAACUGGGUUUUGAAAAGUCACUAUUUGACACUCACUUUAAGGGUAACAUUGCAACUCGUCAUGGAAAAAAAUUUGAAAGAGAAGCUCUAA